UAUUCCUACUUAGAUUUUUAUUACAUUCAUCACCACUUUUCUUACCCGAUCAUGACCGAUCCCGGUAUCAUUUUGUUUGGCAAGAAGAUCGGUUUUCCAGAAACCCCCCACACGACGAGCUCCUCGAACGCAGUUACGGAGAAAGGGUGUUUGAUAGAUGAAGAGGGUAUGUCGGAAAGCCUCGGUGGUGAUCCGAUGAAUAUGCAACCGAGAAUUUUGAAAAAACCGGACAAGAUUCUCCCUUGCCCGCGGUGUGACAGUAUGAACACAAAGUUUUGUUACUUUAACAACUCGAACGUCAACCAGCCUCGCUAUUUUUGCAAGAGUUGUCAGAGGUAUUGGACGGCGGGAGGCACCAUGAGAAGCAUGCCGGUCGGGGCAGGUCGUAGGAAGAAAAAGGCCCCGCCACCUACGCAUUGUCGGUAUGUAAUCUCUCAAGAGGCUUUCGAAUCAGAAGCAGUAGUAGCAAAUCAUAUCGAGUUUGCUCCUGAUUCCGAGGGGAUUUCACCCAAAGUCCUUUCUUUCGGUCAAAAUUCACCGUGUUUUGGAGCGGAUGUAAGUGGGAAAGAAAGCCGAGACGAUUGUUCUUCCAGUUCAGGAGUUGAGAACAUACACGACAACACCGGAUUCCAUUCCCAUUUCCAUUGGAUUCCGGGGGCUUCAUGGCCGUAUAACCCAUGGAACGCACCCACACCCACACCCACGCCAAUUCCGAUGCCAAUUCCUAUGUCGAUUCCACCCAUGUACCCUCCGGGAUACCCUCAAAUUCCGAUGUAUCCUCCACCUUACUGGAGCUCGGUUUCUUGGUUACCACCCACCGAUUCCAUCUUAGGAAAGCAUCCAACAGACGGUGAAGCAGACGGUUCACACGAGGAGUUGAAGAAACAGAAGAAUUCAAUUCUGACUCCAAAGACACUUAGAAUAGACGAUCUGGAUGAGGCUGCAAAGAGUUCAAUAUGGGCUACACUUGGAAUCAAGAACGAACACAGCGGCAGAGGCGAUCUAUUCAAGGCGUUCCAAUCAAAAGGAAACGAUAAAAAGAAAAGUAAAGCCACCGAACCGAGUCCUGUGUUACAAGCGAAUCCUGCCGCUUUCUCAAGAUCACUUUGCUUUCAGGAAAGGGCCUAAAAUGGCAAUAACUAUAUGUGUAAAUCUUGGUUAUUAUGUGUGGGCACAUCAAAAUCAAAAGAAGCAGCCAUGAAAAAGAUGAAGAUAUUUUCAGGUCCUCGACGAACUGAGGCCACAUUAUCUGAAGAAUAUGAGUUGUAUUGUGGAC